AUGGCGGACGAGUUAGCGCGUAUCCAGCAAUAUGAGUACAGACAGAACUCUAAUCUUGUACUCCAAGUUGAUUAUAACCUCACCGACCGUAGGGGUCGGGAGGAACCUACUGGAGAGGUUUUAGCUCUCACAGAUAAGGUUAUAAAAGGAAUGAAAAUGGGAGACAAAUAUCAAAGAGGAAGAGCUCCAGUGCAAGAAGAGUCCAAAAAGAAGAAGAAGAAGAGACACGAUGUAGAAGAGUCUCGUGCUUCUGCGAAAGCCGUCAUUGGUGAUAGUACAGAUCUCUUAGGUGUAUACAAACCAAGAACACAAGAAACCAAACAAACUUAUGAAGUUAUACUUGCAUUUAUUCAAGACGCUCUCGGUGAUCAGCCCCGUGAUGUGUUAUGUGGAGCUGCUGAUGAAGUAUUGGCUGUUUUAAAAUCAGACAGAGUUCGAGAAAAAGAAAGAAAGAAAGAGAUUGAACAACUCUUGGGAACACUUACUGAUGAACGUUGUCACGCUUUAAUAAAUUUGACGAAGAAGAUCACAGACUUCUCCACAGAAGAAGAAACGAGGAUGGAAACAGAUGAAAUCGAUGAGAGUGAAGGAGUUAACGUACAGUUCGACGAUUCCGACGAUGAAGAGGAUGAGAUCAUCACAGACAUCAAACGUGAUAAUGAAGAAAGCUCCAGUGAAGGAGAAGGUGGAGAUGAAGCCGAAUACCAAGAAGUUCUCCACGGCACAGGCCUCGAAGACGAUGAUGAAAGAGAUUCCAAGAGAAACAAAUUGCACGCCAGAGAUGUCGAUGCCCAUUGGAUUCAGAGAUCUUUAGCCAAAUUCUACAAAGAUGCCAUUGUUGCUCAACAAAAAGUCACAGAAGUCAUCAAUGUGUUGAAGGAGGCCACUGAUGACAGAGAUUGUGAGAAUCAGCUCGUUCUGUUACUCGGAUUUGAUCAGUUCGACUUCAUUCGCACACUUCGCCAGCACAGACAACUUGUCUUGUACUGUACCAUGCUUAAACAAGCCGGCGAUGAUGAAAGAGUCAAGAUCGAAGAUGAAAUGAAAGCUCGUCCUGAUCUUCACCACAUCCUAGCUGAACUUCAAGAGGAAGAUAGCACAGAUAUUGUUGAAACUGAAAGAGCUAAAAGAGACAAGAACGCAGCUCGUAGAGCAGUUGCUGCUGCCGGAGACGAUGCAGUGCAAGCUGGACAAUGGCUUGCCAGUCGUAAAGUUUUAGAUCUCGAUGAACUAGCAUUCACAAAUGGUAGUCAUGUCAUGAGUAACAAGAGAUGUGAACUUCCUGAUGGAUCAUAUCGUAAACAAAAGAAAAGUUAUGAAGAAAUUCACAUUCCUGCAUUGAAACCCAAGCCAUUCGAAGAGGGAGAGAAAUUAAUUCCAAUUUCCUCUUUGCCCAAAUGGGCUCAGAAGGGAUUCGUUGGAUACAAAGAGUUGAACAGAAUUCAAUCUAGACUGUGCGACAGCGCUUUGAAUCAUGAUGAAAACUUACUUCUGUGUGCCCCUACCGGAGCUGGUAAGACAAAUGUUGCUCUUCUCACAAUCCUUCAUGAAGUUGGAAAACAUCUGAAUGAGGAUGGUUCAGUUCGUUUGGAUGAAUUCAAAUGUGUUUAUAUCGCUCCCAUGAAAUCUCUCGUACAAGAAAUGGUCACAAGUUUCAAGAAACGCUUGGAACCAUACAAUAUUCAAGUCGGAGAAAUGACAGGAGAUUCUCAAAUGAGUAAAGAACAGUUCAUGGCAACCCAAGUCAUUGUAUGUACUCCUGAGAAGUAUGAUAUCGUUACCAGAAAGGGAGGAGAGAGAGCUUAUAAUCAGCUUGUCCGUUUGAUCAUCUUCGAUGAAAUCCAUUUACUUCACGAUGAUCGUGGUCCAGUUCUCGAAGCCGUUAUUGUUAGAACUUUGCGUCAAAUGGAACAGACCCACGAUGAUUGUCGUCUUGUUGGUCUAUCUGCUACUCUUCCUAACUACCAGGAUGUAGCUACCUUCCUCAGAGUUCAGCCUGACUUCUUGUAUUACUUCGAGAACAGCUUCCGUCCAGUACCUUUGGAGCAACAGUACAUUGGUGUCACUGAGAAGAAGGCUCUCAAGAGAUUCCAGGCUAUGAAUGAAGUUGUAUACGAAAAGAUCAUGGAACACGCUGGAAAAAAUCAAGUUCUCGUUUUUGUCCACUCUCGUAAGGAAACAGCUAAGACUGCCAGAGCUUUGAUUGAUCAGUGUAUGCAGAACGAUACUCUCAACCUCUUCUUGAAAUCAGGAAGUGCUAGUUCACAGAUUCUCUUCGAAGAAGCUAAUGAAGUUAAAAAUUCCGAUUUGAAAACUAUUCUGCCUCACGGUUUCGCUAUUCACCACGCUGGAAUGAACAGAGUUGAUCGUACACUUGUUGAAGAUUUGUUUGCCGGAAAGCAUAUUCAAGUUCUCGUUUCUACCGCUACCUUGGCUUGGGGAGUUAACUUGCCAGCUCACGCUGUCAUCAUCAAGGGUACUCAAAUUUAUAAUCCUGAAAAAGGAAGAUGGACUGAGUUGGGAGCAUUAGAUGUUAUGCAGAUGUUGGGAAGAGCUGGUCGUCCUCAGCACGACGUCAAAGGUCACGGUAUCCUCAUUACUCAUCAUUCUGAGCUCCAGUUCUAUUUAUCUCUCAUGAACCAACAAUUACCAGUUGAGAGUCAGGCCAUCGCUAGACUACCAGACAUGUUGAACGCCGAAGUUGUCUUAGGAACUAUCAGCAGUGUCAAUGAUGCCAUGAGCUGGCUCGGAUAUACGUACUUGUUCGUUCGUAUGUUGAAGAACCCAACUCUUUAUGGUAUCACCUACGAGCAGGCUAAAGCUGAUCCACUUCUUGAACAACGUCGUGCUGAUCUCAUCCACACCGCUGCAAUUCAAUUAGAUAAAGGACAUUUGGUCAAGUACGAUAAGAAGAGUGGAAUGAUCCAGGCCACCGAACUUGGACGAAUCUCAUCUCACUUCUAUUGUUCUUAUGAUUCCAUGCAAACAUACAAUCAGUUGUUGAAGCCAACAUCAACUGAAAUUGAUCUCUUCCGUAUUUUCUCACUCUCCAGUGAAUUCAAACAAAUUGCGGUUCGUGAAGAAGAAAAGCUUGAGCUCCAAAAACUGGCUGAACACGUACCUAUCCCAAUCAAGGAGUCUCUCGACGAGGGUAGUGCGAAAACAAAUGUUCUUCUCCAGGCUUACAUCUCUCAAUUGAAGUUGGAUGGAUUUGCUCUCCAAUCUGAUAUGGUCUUCGUCGCUCAAUCAGCAGGACGUCUGUUCCGUGCUAUAUUCGAAAUCGUUCUUUGGAGAGGAUGGGCCGCUUUGGCAUUGAAAGUACUUUCUCUGUCCAAAAUGGUGACAGCUAGACAAUGGCAGUCUUUGAAUCCUCUUCAUCAAUUCAAGAAGAUUCCAACCGAUGUUGUCAGAAGUAUUGAUAAGAAGAACUACUCUUUCGAGCGUUUAUACGAUUUGGAUCAACAUCAGCUCGGUGAACUGAUUAAGAUGCCCAAGAUGGGAAAACCUCUUCACAAGUUCAUUCGUCAGUUCCCCAAAUUGGAAAUGACUACUUUGAUUCAACCAAUCACACGUACCACCCUCAGAAUUGAAUUGACCAUCACUCCUGAUUUCAAAUGGGAUGAGAAGGUUCACGGAAAUGCUGAAGGUUUCUGGAUCUUCGUCGAAGAUGUUGAUGGUGAAACUAUUCUUCAUCAUGAAUACUUCCUUUUGAAACAAAAGUUCUGCGAAGACGAGCAUGUCGUCAAGAUGUUCGUCCCAGUAUUUGAUCCUCUGCCACCACUUUACUUCGUCCGCGUUGUAUCUGACAGAUGGCUCGGUUCCGAAACGGUUCUUCCAAUUUCAUUCCGUCACUUGAUUCUCCCAGAGAAGUACCCACCUCCAACUGAACUUCUUGAUCUCCAACCCUUACCGGUCUCUGCAGUAUCUAAUCCAAAGUACAUUGAAAUGUUCAUUGCGAACGGAAUCAAAGUUUUCAAUCCCAUCCAGACUCAAGUGUUCCGUACUGUGUAUGAAAACAACGAUAAUGUUCUUGUUGCUGCACCAAACGGUUCCGGAAAGACUAUUUGUGCUGAGUUGGCUAUUUUGAGACACUUCGAAAAUACCCCUGAAGCUAAAUGCGUCUAUGUAACUCCAAUGGAAGACAUGGCCAUUAAGGUUUACAAUGAUUGGUCUGAAAACUUGGCUGCAACUAUCGAACAACAAGUUGUCCUCCUUACGGGAGAGCCUUCCACUGACUUGAAACUUUUGCAAAGAGGAAAACUUAUUAUUGCUACCCCAGAAAGAUGGGAUAAUAUUUCUCGAAGAUGGAAACAGAGAAAGAACGUGCAGGCCGUCAAAUUAUUUGUUGUCGAUGAUUUGCAUAUGAUUGGAGGAUCAAAUGGGCCUGUUCUGGAAGUUAUCUGUUCCCGAAUGCGUUAUAUGUCGAAUCAAUUAGAGAGUGCAUGUCGUAUUGUGGCUCUUUCCUCUUCUCUGACCAAUGCUCGUGAUGUUGGUGCUUGGUUGGGCUGUUCUCCAGGAUGUACAUUCAACUUCCUUCCAAAUACCAGACCUGUACCAUUGGAGCUCUACAUUCAAGGGUUCAAUCUAUCUCACACCGCGUCCAGAUUAGCUGCUAUGGUUCGCCCAGUUUAUCAAUCUAUCUGUCGCCAUGCUGGUAAAGUAUAUCCUAAGCCUGCUCUUGUUUUCGUUCCUGGAAGACGACAAGCAAGAUCCACAGCCGUUGAUAUUCUCACAAUGGCUCACGCCGAUGGUCAAGCAAAGCGUUUCUUGCACAUUAGUGAGCAAGACGAAACAUUCGCGACUCUCCUUGCCGCUAUCAAUGAUGAAGCUCUCAGAGAAACCUUGUCUGCUGGAGUUGGUUUCCUCCAUGAAGGAACUAGCACCAAAGACAUGGAAAUCGUUGAAAAACUCUUCCAAUCUGGUGCCAUUCAGGUGUGUAUUGUCCCAAGAAGUAUGUGUUACCAAAUCAACAUGGCUGCAUACCUCGUUGUAAUUAUGGAUACACAAUUCUAUAAUGGAAAGUACCACGUCUAUGAAGACUAUCCAAUCGGAGAUGUUUUACAUAUGGUUGGGUUGGCAAAUCGUCCUGGCGCCGAUCAAGAUGCUAAAUGUGUCCUGAUGUGCCAGUCAUCGAAGAGAGAUUUCUUCAAAAAGUUCCUUUACGAGCCAUUGCCUAUUGAGUCUCAUUUGGAUCACUGCCUUCAUGACCAUUUCAAUGCUGAAAUAGUCACAAAAACAAUUGAAAACAAGCAGGAUGCUAUUGAUUAUCUCACUUGGACUCUGCUCUACCGUCGAAUGACCCAAAAUCCAAACUACUACAACUUACAAGGAGUCACACAUCGUCAUCUUUCUGAUGCUCUUUCUGAAUUAGUUGAGAAUACUUUGAAAGAUCUCGAAAACAGCAAGUGCAUUGCUGUCAAGGAUGAAAUGGACACAUUGCCCCUUAAUUUGGGCAUGAUCGCAGCUUAUUAUUAUAUUUCUUACACUACGAUCGAAUUAUUCUCCAUGUCUUUGCAAUCAAAGACCAAAUUGAGAGCUUUGAUUGAAAUCAUCUCAAACGCUACUGAAUUUGCCAAUGUUCCGAUGAGACAUAGAGAGGAUGUUGUAUUGAGACAGUUAGCUAAUAAACUGCCCGGACAAAUGAAAAACCAGAAGUUCUCUGAUCCACAUGUUAAGGUUAAUCUUCUCAUCCACGCCCAUCUUUCCCGUAUCCAACUUUCCGCGGAAUUGAAUAAGGAUACCGAACUUAUUGUUCUCAGAGCUAUUCGACUCGUACAAGCUUGUGUCGAUGUCUUAUCUAGUAAUGGAUGGCUCUCACCCGCUAUUAAUGCUAUGGAAUUGAGUCAAAUGUUGACACAGGCCAUGUACAGCAAUGAACCGUAUCUCAAACAGCUUCCUCAUUGCAAUGCUGACUUGCUUACUCGAGCUAAGGAGAAGAAGGUUGAAUCUGUCUUCGAAUUGCUUGACCUUGAAGAUGAAGAUAGAUCUGAAGUGCUGAAAUUGGAGGGAGCUCAGCUCGCUGAUGUAGCUAAGUUCUGUAACCAUUAUCCAUCUAUUGAAGUCGAACACUCUGUCAACCAGGAUACUAUUAGCCCCGGUGAAGCUCUCGUUGUUUCUGUAUCUAUGGAAAGAGAAAAUGACAUCAACAAGUUAGCUCCCCCAGUGGUUGCACCACUUUUCCCACAAAAGAGAAAGGAAGAAGGAUGGUGGUUGGUUAUUGGAGAUACUGCUGAGAACGCUUUAUACUCCAUCAAGCGUUUGACUAUCAAUGAGAAGGCCGAAAUGCAUCUUGACUUCGUUCCACCCAAAGCAGGAAAAUUCACAUAUAAGUUAUAUUUCAUUUGUGAUUCGUACCUCGGAGCGGAUCAGGAGUUGGAAUUCAGUUUCAGAGUCGAAGACGGUCGAAGCCGAAAACGAAAGCAUGAUCGAGAGGAGUAA